AUGGUAACAAUUGAAUAUUUUGGACCAUCAAAAGAUUUCACAAAUAAAUCAAUAGAAUCAAUUCAAAUAACGUCAUUACUACAACUUUAUGAAUACUUGGAAAUCCAAUACACCAAAGAAUUUUCUGAAUAUGUUAAAGAAAAUUGUGGUAUAACUGUUGAUUAUGAGUAUAUUGAUAAAGAAUUAGGUGUUGAAUUUAAUGAAGGUGAUGAAAUUUGUAUUAUACCUCCUGUAAGUUCGGGAUAG